GUAAUCAUUUCAUGCAUUCGACCCACACCUGUACUCUGGCGUAGUCUUUGUUCUUACAAGCGCAGGGUUAAUUGGUUCGGAUGCCCAAAUCCUAGGAGGUGCAUUAAGAUCGACUGAUUUGUUAUCAUUUGAUCGCGUGAGCUCCUCUCAAGCACGCAUGUCCGGCCAAAAUGAUCUGCAACUUCAUUCUUGGGUGCUACACUCGCUUUAAGAGGUCUGAACCUGACCAUAGCCAUGAAUAAAUAAAAGUAAAAAACCACUAAUCUGUAGAACACUGGGGUCAUAGAAAAAGCUCAAAUGCCACGAUUAGGCCGAAAAGAGACAAUUUGACGAUGGUAAACGCGAGGAUGUUGAGUGGACGGCUAGACAGGUUGAAACAAUGACGCUUGAACGCGAAGUAACGGAAAAUGACUUGUCCAUAUUCCCACGCACACUUGGACACCUUUUUACUCUUUUUCUGUCACCGUGCAGAUCAGGUUUCAAUACAAACAAGACGAUCGAGCGAAUUGCAAAGUCACCGUUGACCCGUUGCAUAUCGUUUAUACUUGACAACCUAACACCAGCGUCGCGUAUAAAAGCAAGGGUGAGCUCACGUCUGUAUAUCAGACGUCUGCAAGACACAUUCUUAGCGAAUCAAUCUUGACAGAAGCGAAGGAGUUAGUAUCAGAGCUGUCUAGUUUCUGCAUAAUUCUGGCCAUGAAACAUUACUUGACGAGACUGUGCUUUCUUUUGCUCCUCUGGAGCACCGAUGCAACUCGUCCAAGCCGGAGGGAACAUCAUGAAGUCACCGAAACAGAUCUAAGCGGCACUGUGAGGUACUUGAAGAAAUACGGCUACAUGAACACAGGUGAGAAUUCUGGGAGACCCAUCAGUUCGACUGAUGACCCUCGUCUGAGUGCAAGCAUACGGCGGAUGCAGCACUUUUUCCAUCUACCGGUUACGGGCAGACCAGACCGACAGACAGUCGAGAUGAUGAGGCAACCGCGCUGCGGGUGUCCAGACGUGGUGGCCGGUGGGGAAGGGGCUGGUGAAGUUAUGAUGAACAUCGAAUUGCCUCUGCAGUAUAGCAUUACCGGUCGAAGUUUCAGGUGGACAAAAACAGACAUCAGUUACAAACAUUUGAACUAUCCGUCGGGCCAAAAUGCUCUGCAGCCGCAAGAGGUACGCCGAAUCAUCAAGAAAGCCUUCAAAGUUUGGAGUGACGUCACCCCUCUAACCUUCCGAGAGGUCCAGGACCCGUCUCAGGGGGCCGACAUCAAGAUCAAAUUCGGCAGCAGAAUGCACCAUGCAGAGGAGCCGCAGUGGUUUUCCUUUGAUGGGAAGGACGGCGAGUUGGCGCACGCUUUCUCCCCUAAUAGCUUCUGGGGCGACCUGGAGGGUGACAUUCACUUCGAUGACGAUGAAAUGUUUACAGCUAACGGCCGAGUAGGAUAUGCCUUGUUUCUAGUCGCUGCUCAUGAGAUCGGACACAGCCUUGGCUUGGCUCAUUCUGACGAUCCAGAUAGUCUUAUGUGGCCAAACUAUAUGCAAGUUCCUGUUAACGGUUACCAACUACCCCAAGAUGACACGCAAGGAAUACAACACAUUUACGGCGUAAGACUUGGUGACCGACCUGAACCUGACAGGGCAGUAGCCGUUCCAACACGGCGCACGAAGCGACCGCCGGACGCCGUGUAUACCAUGUGCCACGAGCCAUUCACUGCUCUGUUGAAAAUGGACAACACGCUUUUCGCAUUCAGGGACAAUCUGGUCUGGCUGAUCCGCAUCAGCGACAGACAGCUGCUGUCUCCUCCCGGUGGGGAGCGAGCCCAACGAUACUGGAAAGGAUUACCGAAGAGGAUAACGGCUGUGUACCAGCGAGGGGAUGGAAACGUGGUCUUCUUUAAAGGCUCCAAGUACUACGUCUACAAUGGCAAGCGUAGAGUCGGCCAACCAAAGAGACUCAGUGCAAUGAGAAUCAGACGUCCCCCCAUGGCUGCACUCCAAGCCAGCCAAAUGGCACCUAACAAGACCUACCUAAUACGGGGCGACCAAGUGUGGCUGUAUGACGAGGUGACGGAGUUUGUGGAGGCAGGUUAUCCGCGACGUGUCAGUGAGGUUUGGGUCAAUCUACCAACUGGGGUGACGGGAGGCGAGAUGCUGAAUGACGGCUCUUUCCUGUUUCUGAAAGGCUCUCGGUAUUUUGAGGUGAACGUCAACAACCAAAUCACGUCACAACGUGGGAGCAGAGCCCAUCUUUUCAGCGUUGACUUUCUCGGCUGUUCACCUUGAUCGGGCAAACGUAGAGCACGAUUAAAGUGAAAACGUGCGGUAACACAUGGGAUCAACUCGUGAGUUUGCGUGGUUCUGAAAAGCUGUUUAAGUUUGUUAAACUUUCAAAAGUCGGUAAAAAUACAACACAUUGUAUCAUGAUACCGAUGAGAUUUAUUAUGAAGACAGUUAAUUCAUUUGAGAUUUUGGGCGGUCUAGAGAGUACUUACAGUAGGCCUAGUUCAUACGGUGAACACAUGUACAUUUACAUGUAUUAAUGUGCUAUGUUAUAAGAUAUAAGCCCACAUGUAGUUUCUAUUAUGCUUCAAUAAGGUGUAUAUCGGUAACCAGAAAAUGUAUGUUGAAAUGUCAGAGAAAUUCAUAGAGAAGAAGAUGAAGGGUGACCGAGAGCGUCGUUACGAGUUCCUUGAAAAAUACAUGAAAGCUUUCUCGAAGGGCUCGGUUUCCUUGUUACCUUACAACGCCGUACACGAUGAAAUCAGAACUUUUACAGUGAAAGGUCCAAUUACACAUAUUAUGACGUGAAUGGGGCCAAAAAACCAAACAAAUCUGAUUCCCUCAGAUCGGCCCCUCAUGCUGCGUGGGCAGGCAUUUCGUUAGGAACAUUAAGUUUUGAAAACCAGGCUUCAGGGCUGAUUUUCAAGUAAUAUAAUUUCUUCGUCAUGUAUCGUUAUCAUAAUGAAGGCCAAUCAGCAAUGGAUUUUAUCAUUCUUUUGCUAUUCAUGAAAGCUUUGGUGACUUCCAAUUACCGACUACCCACUGUGUGUAACGCUAUGUGAUCUUUGCCUAUUGCAAUGGAU